AUGAAGCGGAGCCGGCGAACGGCCCAGCAGGAGGAUGUGAUGCGGGCGCUGAAGGAAGGCGUGCAGGCGCUGAGUGUGUCGAGCACGCUCUCCACAAAGGACCUUGUCUGCAGAGGGGACCACGCACGUGCCAUACAGGAAUUCCUCGAAGAUCCAAAGCAUCACACGAUGCAAAUAUUUGGAAUGCCUGGUACUGGCAAGACGGCCACCGUAAACUUUGCGCUGGCGCAACUGGCGUCGCAACGGGGUACCAAACCGACAGCUGUCUUCCUUAACGGCUUUGUUGUUCAAAAGAGCUCUGAUAUCUACUACACUCUCCAUCAUCACUUAACAAAGGCGAGGCUCGGGGCGGUGGAGCCAUGCCCGGUAGCGCAGUGCGCUUCGCGCGUCGAAAAGCACUUCCGGCGCGGGUGGGGCGGCAAGCCUCCUGCUCUGUGCGUAAUUGUGGUCGAUGAGGUGGAUAAAAUUCUGGAAAAACAUUCAAAGGGACUUUUUAAAGUAGUUGAUUGGCUUACUCUCCCGUACGCAAACUGCAAGCUGAUCACCAUCUCCAACAGUAUGGAACUGCAACUCGAUGCGAAAACAAAGAGCCGUCUCGGUGUAGUAAAUCAGCUCGUGUUCUCGUCGUAUGGCACUCAAGAGCUGCGUGAGAUUCUUUUGCAUCGUGUUGGCGCUAUUGAGCCGAAACUCUUUGCGGAUCAGGCGGUCAAUCAGCUCUGCACGCAAACGGCGUCGCACUAUGGUGACGUGCGGCGACUUUUGCAGUCUGCGUCUGCCGCCAUUUGUGGUGUUUUGAUGCGGAUUCAAGAUAACACUGUGGACGUCUCCUCUGCCGAUGGCAUUAUCACGCUGCGCGAGAUCCAUAGUGUUGUGCGGCAGAUUUUCCACGACAGAUUUGUCGAGUUUAUCACGACUAUGCGAAUGCCUGUCCUCUUUAUUACUGUGGCUGUCCUCGGCAAAGAGACAGAGGAGCUCAUCAGGAAGAGGGAAGUGGACUGCCGCCUUCCGCUGGAGCGCCUCCUGGCGAUCACGCAGCAGGCGCAGCGGAGGUGUAUGAAUGUCUCGCGGCCGAUUUCUCGGGUCGCCUUCGUGGAGGAAAUCGAGCUGCUUCGGCAAGUCUCUCUGAUAGAGGUCUGCAUCGGUGAAGAUCGCAUUCCCAUCCGCUGCGCUGAUGAGCUUCUUGACGCCAAGGAAGAAGUUUUCGUUUUCCUGCUUCAGCCGUAUCAAAUGGUAGUGGACUCCUGUCGCCUGCACGACGCAUUUGGCGCUACGUACGGGGCGGCACUGCACUUGUGA